UGAUGAAUGGGUACAUUUAAUUUUGUAGCUUUUUGGAAUGUAUUACUUUUUAAAAUAAUGUUACUUAGUAAUAAAAUAACAUUUUAUUUUGUCAUCUUGCAAUAGCCUGGACAUAGGAACAGGCUGGUGAUGUGAUUCCAUCCUGUAAAGUAGUGCAGGGAUCCACUUACGGUCGUCUGUUGAGUUGUAAUACUUCAGCCUGUGGGAAGGAGAAAGAGAGGAAGUUCAGGACAAUUUGCCAUUGAGGAGGUGAGCAGGAAGUUGUGGCAUUUCUUCCACUCACGUUGUGUUGGUGAGAACUCAGUCACAUGGCUAGAUCUAGCUGUGAGAGAGGCUGUAAGGGAGAUAUAACAUUGUAGGCACGUGCCAUACACAGCUUUCUCGGUAUUUCUUGGUAUUUUCUUAGGAUGGUUUUUAUAGAACUGGGCUACUGGUCCAGACAGUAUGAACUUUUGAGUAGAAUUUUUGUUUCUACAAUACUUUUUUGUUGUUGAGAAAGAUUCAUCCUGAGCUAAUUUUCCUCUACUUUAUAUGUGGGUCACCACCACAGCAUGGCUGAUGAGUAGCAUAGAUCCACGCAUGGGAUCCGAGCCCAUGAACCUGGGCUGCCAAAGCAGAGUGUGCCGAACUUAACCACUACACCACAGGACUGGCCCCCGUCUACAUUACUUUUUUUAAGCAACCAUUUUGGUACUCUGGAGAUUGACCAACAGCCAGUUGUUAUUAAAACUUUGAUAACUGUUAUGCUGUUGAACUUGGAGUAAGAAAAAUGGGAAUCAGUGGCUUUCUAGCUUGGGGCUUCUCACAUCCCACUCCACUCUGUCCCAGCUCGGUUGGCAUGGAGGUUCUGCCAGCCAGAAGCAGGCCAUAAAAACCUCAGCUUGAAGGGGGCUCAGCUCUUUGGAGUGGUAUGUGAUGCCCGGAAACAUUGUCUGUGGAUGUGAAUUUUCAGAGGUGCAAGGGAGGGCCAGGGCUCAACUCAAAUAGCCGAGGCGUGCAGUACUGUUUGGGGCAAAUAUGUUACUGGAUGAGGCUGCACGUAAGCACAGGAAAGACCUGAGAAGGCCCACGGUCUUCGCAUACUUUUGACGGACCCUGAAGUUGCAUGCAUGUACCUAGGAGACUUGAAAGGGCCCUAUGGGAAGAUAACCUGGGACAAACCUGACAACAGACCGAACUUCGAGUGAGCUCCCCUCCUUCUACACAGAUCCAUUGGCAGAGGUGGGAGCCCUUACUGUUUCGAGGUGUUUGAGCAUAUCCUCUUUCUAAUCACAAGUUGACCACUAAGUUAUGCAAAGGGGCAACCCUAGCAAGCCAGCUUUAAAAAUAAAAACAAGAGGCCUUUCCUCCCCGCGGCGGGGCCCGGCGGCGCGGCCGCAUCUGGGGGGCGACUCGGCGGAUUCAAGAUGACCAACGAGGAGCCUCUUCCCAAAAAGGUUCGACUGAGUGAAACAGACUUCAAAGUUAUGGCACGAGAUGAGUUAAUUCUAAGAUGGAAACAGUAUGAAGCAUAUGUGCAAGCUUUGGAGGGCAAGUACACAGAUCUUAACUCUAAUGAUGUAACUGGCUUAAGGGAGUCUGAAGAAAAACUAAAGCAACAACAGCAAGAGUCUGCACGCAGGGAAAACAUCCUUGUAAUGCGACUAGCAACCAAGGAACAAGAGAUGCAAGAGUGUACUACUCAGAUUCAGUACCUCAUGCAAGUCCAGCAGCCUAGCAUUGCCCAACUGAGAUCAACAAUGGUAGACCCAGCGAUCAACUUGUUUUUCCUAAAAAUGAAAGGUGAACUGGAAGAGACUAAAGACAAACUGGAACAAGCCCAAAAUGAACUGAGUGCCUGGAAGUUUACGCCUGAUAGCCAAACAGGCAAAAAGUUAAUGGCGAAGUGUCGAAUGCUUAUCCAGGAGAAUCAAGAGCUUGGAAGGCAACUGUCCCAGGGCCGUAUUGCACAACUUGAAGCAGAGUUGGCUUUACAGAAGAAAUAUAGUGAGGAGCUUAAAAGCAGUCAGGAUGAACUGAAUGACUUCAUCAUCCAGCUUGACGAAGAAGUAGAGGGUAUGCAGAGUACCAUUCUAGUUCUUCAGCAGCAACUGAGGGAGACACGCCAGCAGUUGGCUCAGUACCAACAGCAGUAGUCUCAAGCCCCAGCCCCAAGUACCAGCAGGACUACAUCUUCUGAGCCCGUAGGACAGGCAGAGGCCGCGGGUAAAGACUGCAGUCGUCUGGCCAAUGGACCAAGUAAUGGCAGUUCCUCCCGGCAGAGGACGUCUGGGUCUGGAUUUCACAGGGAGGGGGACACAACCGAAGAUGACUUUCCUUCUUCUCCAGGGAAUGGUAAUAAGGCCUCCAACACCUCGGAGGAGAGAACUGGCAGAGGAGGUAGUAGUUACGUAAACCAACUCAGUGCGGGUUAUGAAAGUGUAGACUCUCCCACAGGCAGUGAAAACUCUCUCACACAGCACUCCAAUGACACAGACUCCAACCACGACCCUCACGAGGAGAAGCCGGUGAGUGGGAAAGGUAACCGAACUGCGGGUUCCCGCCACGUGCAGAAUGGCUUGGACUCAAGUGUAAAUGUACAGGGUUCAGUUUUGUAAUAUUUUUUCCAGCAAAUUUUUAUACAGUGUCAUUUAAUUUGGGAGAGGAUACUGUCCAGAAAAUUAACGCAUACUUUUGUCACAAUUUGCCUUUUUUGUGGGUGUGUGUGUUUUUUCUGUUUUUUUUUUUUCCUUGCUUCAAUACCUCUGCCACUUUGGAAAUUGUAAUAGUUAAUUACUUUGAAUGUUGCUAAAAGGACAUUUUGUGUAGGGUCAAGUUAUUUUUAUAUGAGUUAAUGUGAAGUUGUAAAUGGAAAUCCUUCCUUAAAGUAUAACACGAUGAUGUCUGUAUAAAUCUGUGUCUCUCCUAGAGCCUGUGCUGUGUACGGGCAUCCUACUCGUGCUGUUCUCUUAGACUCGCGCACCAUUCAGACUUGUUAGAGUAGAUGUGGGUGUAUGACUGCCAAGUUUGCCCAGUACAGUAGUUUUAUCACUAAAAGUUGGACUUGUUGAUGGAGUCCUCUAGUAGUUUCAGUGUUAGAUACAGUUUUUUCCACCAUACAUCUGUGCAUUUUCUCUUUAGGUGACUGAAUGUUUAAGAAAUUUGUGUGCAUAGUUACUCAGUUUUUAUGAACUGUUGUAUCCUGUUAAUGCCUAUUGCUCUGUGACUCCAGUAUAUCUUACCUGUACUGACCAAACCUAAAUAAAGAUUUUUAUUGUAAAAAAAAAAA